GGUUGAAACUGGCGGAAGGAGGACUCUAUGUGUGACCAAGUUGCUGUAAAAGGAAAUUCAUAAAACCCUUCUUAAUGGGUCUCCGAGACUAGAUUUCUUCGUGUUAUUGUAAGAAAAAUUGCAGAAAUUUUGAUUGAUGAUGGCGGAAGGAGACACAGAUUGGGAAAUACAUCUAAGAACAUUAUCUUCGAGCGCCAGAGAAUCCAAUUUCUCCAAUGAUCCUGCUUCAGAUCAAUCUCUUCUUCAUUCUGUGAGGAAGCUGACUGCGUUGUGCAAAAGUGAAAGCUCCGAGAAUCUGACAGCUAGGGUUUAUCCUCAACUCAAUAAGAUCUUUCAACGUUCUGUAUCUUCGAUUUCUCGCUCUCGAUCCUCUUCUGGACUUCUUUUAUUGGCUAUUCUUCAAUUUUUCCUUGAUUAUGGAGAAUUUCUUCUGCAUGAUGCUGAUCCUAGUCUCAGGACAUUCUUCCGUUCAUGCUUGAGCCGUGAGUUUGCAGACCCUGUUGUUGCAGAAGCAACUCUAGAUUUUCUGAACCUGAACAAGAAGAAAAUCUUACUUUCAUUUCCUACCCUACUUCCUCAGUUUUAUCCAUUGAUGCUGAAGCUGAUUGCAUGGAAUGGGGAGAAAUUAGAAAAAACUUUCUUAAGAGUAUUUCCGGGCUUGAUGUCACCUGGGUCAUUUCUUCCUCUAUUUAUAUCACUUGUUGACUUACCAGUGUUGGUUGUCGCUCUCGAAAAGGUGGAACGGAGUUCUGGACCACUAAUUGGUAGCAGCAUAGCUUCAAUCCAGAAGAGCGCAGCUCCAGAGAUGCUGUUGGCCCUUAUGGACGAAGCAUAUACUGGUUCAACGAUUGGGGAUGGGGGUGCAGACUCUGAAUCCGAAGACAGCAAUUCAAUUACUUCUGAUCCACUAUUUCUUGAACUUCUUAAAGACGAAAAUGAUGGCCUUGCUCAACGGCAUUGGACUUCUCCGGGAAUGGAAGUGGCGCUGCAGGCUGCAAUUUCUCUUCCAUCUGAUAGACUAAAACAAGCACUAAAAUUGGCACCUCGGCUUCUUGAUGUGUAUUUUUCAAUAGCAUUGCAUGAUGUCAACCACUCUCUAAAAUGCGCUUUAAUCCCUAUGCUUCUCGAUAGAAAUUCCAAGCUAUUUCCCGACAAACUUUUUACCUAUGAGGUAAGAAAGAGGCUUUUAAACUUCAUAUUAGCUGCAUUUCAUCAAUCCCCCGAGUUCAUUGCAAUUUUGAAGAAGCCCAUAGUAGAUAGACUUGGAGAAGCUUAUGACAGUCCAGAAAAGGCCGAGUUGGCAUUGCAACUAUGUUGGGCGAUUGGGGAGCAUGGAGGGGGUGGCGCGUCUCACAAAGAUGAAGCUCGUGAACUUUUUGAGAGUCUAGAACUACUUUUGUAUGAAAAUCUUUCAUCAAGCCGUCUUGGUGUCGGAGACUCUGUUCUUGGCUCCAGUAGCUCAACCGUUAGAAGAUCGUCGCAGUCGAGGCUUCUCUGUUUUGUUGUGACAGCAAUAGCAAAGAUUGCAACACACCAUCGUGAAUUACUCCCCAGGGCACGUGUUUCACUCGGCAAGGUGGCUCAUUCGCGUAUCUCUGAUGCAAGAGUCUGGAAACGAGCUCGUGAUUAUUUAGGGUUAAUGAAUGAACCUGCAAUUUGUCUGUCUGUGCUUGGCCCCUCGGGACCAUCAAGUGGGUCUAUACAGAAGCCAGGGACGAUCAAUUGGAGCGAGGGAAGAACGAAGAUGAUUGCUAACAUCCCAUUUUACAUUCUAGGUGGACAAGAAGGCCUCCCUCCUCAUGAUUUCUCUUUGAUGGACAUUCUUCCUGGAAAGUUGGGAACUUAUGCACUUUACUGCUUUCAUGUUUAGCAGAUUAACUGUAUGGGGUAGAGGCAAGGUAUGCGUACAUCCUACCGUUGACCCUAUCUCUAUGAGAUGUACUGGGUUCGUUUUGUUUUGGUUGUUUAAUUGUUUAUUUUUGACCUGCAUGACUCUGGUGAUAACCUAAGAUAAUAAGAUGCAAGUUU